UUCUCUACUGUUUCCCAACCACUAAAGGAUAACCACCUGUUGCUCUUUAACAAGGACUUAAACAUUGUGAUUUAGUGACAGAAAAGUGCCACCAAACGAAAGGACUAUUACUUACAACUAAUACACAAGUGAAAGGAUAUAUUAAAGUGAAAAAUCAAAAUGUAUGAAAGCAGUGUUUGCGCGCUCGAAAUAAACGAGAGUAAAUCGCGUAGUAUUUCUCCAAUAACAGCGGCAAGAUAUCGUGAGUUUUUCUCGGGCUUCAGCCGCCGAUUCGUACGCCGAUCUCAUGAUGGAGUUAUCUACAAUAGUGCCGAGGACGAUUCUGGAAGUUCAUCAGAGUCAUCCUCCUUCCACCAAGUCCAAAAAGACGAAUUCAAAUCAAAUUUGGAACUUUAUUCGGAUUCUAGCGAGAAUAGCAGUAGCUCUACCGACAAUACAGAUAAAGUAGAUUUCCUGUCCAAGCGACUCUAUCGAAGAUCCCUUUCAGUCGUUCGCAGCGCUCUUAGUGAUUUAUCCAUCUCACCACGAUCAACAUCGUGUCAAUCCACUCCUGCUAAGAAACCCAACGCUGCUGCCAAAAAGGAUAAAAAAACUCAGCAGAAAAUCCUCCGACAACCCGUGUCUUAUACCUAUCUAAAAGGGAUGUCCGGCCUUCCCACCCAAAGAGUCCCGAAAUCAUCAGUUUGUUGUCAAUAUCCCUGCAGAAGGAGACUGGGACAGAAUAGAAUUUAAGGAAAUUUAUAAUUAAAUAUUAGCAAAGAAUUGCAAAGGCUCAACGAUCGAAUUCGAAAACCCGAAAUUAGUUCAUAAAAUUAGGAGAGUAACUUCAGAAAGAAAAUUUUAAUAUCGAUUUGAGAUUUGAGAUAUAUUUUGUGAAGACUUAAUGUGCAUUACCUGUAAUGAAAAAGGAUACCUAUUUGGUCAAACUUAGUGAUAUAAUUCUUCUUAUGAAUUGAAAGGAUAAAUUCCGGAGGUGAUUGAAUUGAUAUGAAAACGACAAAGUCUACAGUGAUGUGUGCCUUACGUAAUUCGAAUUUUAUCUUUCUGAAUUGACUAUUGAAAAUGCACGGUACCUAAAUAUCAAUUAUCAAUAUCAAAAUUUUACUAGACGC